AUGGCAGCAUUCAUCCUAGAAAAUGGCAGACUCUGGAAUGACCCUCAAGCAAUUGCCUUGCGACCCAAGAAGAGGUCGCGCAAGUGGGCACCAAAGAAGCGGACAGGCUGUUUAACGUGCAGGCAACGCCGUGUGAAAUGCGAUGAGGGCAAGCCUUCUUGUCGGCGCUGUGCUAUUGCUUCGAGAGAGUGCAUUGGCGUUGGCUAUGCGGUUUCAGUACUGCCCGACGCCGCUUAUCAAGAAUUGAACUCCAGAGUUCUCGUCCCAGAGCGUCGGGUAGGACUGGUGCAUCAGCCCGACGUCACAGUCCGUCCGCCGGGCGUCAAGACCAACGAGCAAGAGGUGAUGCAGUUUCACUUUCUCUGCCAGGUCGCCGCAUCCAGCAUGGCCGGCGUGUUUGACCAAAAGUUUUGCUCCCGCGACAUGCUGCAGGCGACGAGCUUCCAUCCGAUUGUCUGGCACGCGUCCUGCGCGCUGGCCGCCAUGUACCAGCGCGAAGUCCUGCUGGCCGGCAGCAGCGACGUCAGUGGCCGGGACAAGACGGUGGCCCAGAGGCAGGGUCUGCGCAGCUUCGCAUUGGAGCAGUACAACCAGUCGAUUGCAGGCGUUCUCGGCAUCAUGAAGUCGGCGGAGCUGUCGAGCCUCGACCUGGAGGUGCUGCUGACGACGACGCUGCUGUUCACGGCCAUAUCUAGUCUGCAGGGGGACAUGCCAGCGGCGAUUGUUCACAUCAUCAACGGGCAACGGAUCUUGCAGAGAUGGAAGAGGGGCAUUGCAGACAGGCAAACGAAGGACACGGGCAGUAAAAGUUGCUCGUCUAUUGGCCUUCUUACACCUAGUUCCGUUGAAGCGGUCAUGGGCCGUUUGGUCAGCCAGUCGUCCACUAUUCGGCAGAGGCCGUGGUCAGAGGACUACUACAGGAGCCUGGAAACCCCAGUGAUCUCAGAAGACCCUUUUUGCUCACCAGAGGACGCGUACUAUGAGUUUGAGCCUCUGAGCAAGGCGUACUUUGAGCUCGGGGAGAAUAACAAAUUCAUCAUGGACCCGUCGAAAAAGCAGCCAGCAUUUCAGGUGCGCAGGGCGUAUUUGGCCGCCCUCAGCGAAUGGACCAUUAAAUUCCACCUCAUGCAGCGGCGCAAAGGCAUCGUGGACUCGCCAAUCAACAAAGAAGCGAUCCUCGUCUUGCAAGCCCGGCAGAUUGGCAUGGAAAUCGAGGUUCAGAGAGACCCCGCCGGGCAAGAAACAACCUGGGACGAGUUCGACCCGCAUUUUGCCAGGAUCGUUGCCCUGGGCGAGCAGCUGAGAGACAGCCUGCACCAAGGACCCGGGCGCGUCUUUUCAUUCUCGUCGUCCAUGAUGGACGUCCUCUUUCUGACCGCCAUACGGUGUCGUGCGCAUGGGGUGCGCCACCGGGCGCUGGAGCUUCUGCAGCGGCAGAAUGCCAGAGAGGGCCUCUGCAACAGCAGGCUUGCCUUUGCCAUUGCCGCUGGGUGGACCGAGAUUGAGGAGGCACCGGGGACAGCCAAGCGGAGCACCGCUGCUGAUGAGUUGAUCGCAGAGGAGGAGGGCGAGGAAUGCGCCUGCGAGGCUGAGCGGUUCGUAUGUGGUGAGCAUCGCGUCACAGUGGUAGGAGGCGAGUUUCUUGUGGAUGAUGUCGGCACCAUGAGGUACUGGACGAAGCAAGCCUUGGACCACGGAUUACCGGGAGAGAUCCGACAACUGGCCUGGUGA